UGGACGCGAUUUGCCUAUGUCCAAUAUGUCACCGACAAGGAAUAUCUCUGCAACAGCUUGAUGAUGUUCGAGUCUCUACACCGACUGGGCAGCAAGGCAGACCGUGUGCUAUUGUAUCCUCAGGAGUGGGAAUUGAGCCCGCGACCCCCAACAUGGGAAAGCAAAUUCCUGAGAUGGGCGCAAGAUAGAUACAAAGUUCGCAUUUUUCCAGUCAGGCCUCAAUACACCGAAUCAGGAGAUGGUACAUGGGCCGAGAGUUUCACCAAGCUGUUGGCAUUCAAACAAACACAGUACGACAGAGUCUUGAGCUUGGAUUCGGACGCUACAAUCUUGAAGCCCCUGGACGAGCUCUUCCUGUUGCCAGACCAUCCAGUGGUGGCGCCGCAUGCAUACUGGCUUCCUGAGCCCGACACAAUCUCAUCAGCGAUUUUGCUAAUCAAGCCAUCCAUGGAGGAGUUCAAGCGCGUGAUGAAGAGCAUGUUUAGUCGAUCGUCGGCAGACGAGUUUUACGACAUGGAAGUGAUAAACGACGUCUACGCCGGAAGCGCGAUGAUCCUGCCAAAGGAACACUGGGUCGUGUCUGGAGAAUUUCGCCUGAAAUCUCACCACAAAUAUCUGGACGAAGGCGAAAUCUGGGAUCCCGACAGAGUAUUAAAUCAGACGAAGCUCGUUCACUUUUCAGACUGGCCGCGCCCGAAGCCCUGGUUCCCCGUCACACAAGACAUCUUUGAAAAGACACAACCAACCUGUGACACUAUGCCGGGUUCAGCGCACAAGGACUGUCGUGACCGGGAUGCAUGGAACUGGCUGUACAGAGAUUUCGAAGAGCGCAGA